GAGAGAGAGAGAGAGAGAGACCGAAAAAGGGAACGAAAAAAAAACAGGAGACAAAAGGAAAACAGAGAUGUUAAAAAAAAAGAAGAAGAAGAAAAAUGCAAGAUAAAAAAUAUAUAUAUACUGAAAGGAAGAGAAAGAACAACUCUCCCAUAACAUAUGACACGCAUGCGUAUACAUUUCACUUGGGAGUAGAGUGGCAGCGCUGGUGGGUGGAGCUGCAACCUGACAGUUACCAAGAGUGAGUGGUUGAGAAUGAACAGAACCUUUCGUGCGUAGAGUGACAGCGCUGGUGGGUGAAGUAACAUCACAGCGUCCCAUCUACCAAGAGUGACUGACUGAGGGACUGAGUGUUCCCGUGACGCCCUUCGCAGCUGAGAUACAAGGCGUCUGCACACGGAACACCAUCAUGCCACUAUCUCCCGUUCAAGACUUACUGCAGCGCCACCUGUCUGCCGCGUCAGGAUCAGGCAGAGACGGAGGGUACUAUGGGGGCAGCGGCUGUGGUGGGCUGGAGGUGUUCGCCUUCCUAGCUUUCCUUCUCGCUCUCCUCGACCUCUUCCUCGACCUGAACGAGCUGGCGCUAAACGUAGACGUCAGUACGGACAGAAGGACACGCCGGGCAAACUCCUUCUCUCCCUCGGGAUGCACGAAUGACGUGGGCGUGGCGGAGGGAGUGUGGGCGGCAGGACGGUUAGCAGAGGGUGUGCUAAAGGCCACCACAACUACACCCACCUGCGGCCAUGCCCACAUGUGUCACGCAGCAGCAGCAGCAGCAACACGGGGCCCUCUGGCAGCCACUCUCACCUCGCUAGCUGGGCAAUGGCUUGCAAAGUGGCCUGCUCUCAACGGUUCCAUUCUCGGCACCACCACCCUGCUCGCCGCCUCCACCCUCGACUGCCCCGCCAUACACGACGCCUGCGGGAGUGGUGAUAGUAGAGAAGCACCCACGUAACACCCAUAUAACAUCCAUAACACCCACUUACCAUCCAUACAUCUACCACGUUGCACAAUCAACAUACAUACAACCAUAUGACACCCAUGCAACACCCAUGCGACACACACAACACCCAAAUGACACACACACACACACACACACACACACACACACACACACACACACACGUAACACACACAAACGACAUCCAUACAACACCAAUGCUACACACACACAUAUCACACACGCUACACACGCAACACCCACACAACACCCACACGACACCUACGUAAGAAUCAAGUGACACCCAUACAACACUCACGUAGUAACAGUGCAACACUCACACAACACUCAGGCUAAACACACAACGUCCACCCUACACACAGAACAUUCACACAGCACCCAUACAAUUCACGCCACAGACGCAAUACUCACGUAACACAUUGUAGUAAUGGUUCUGCCAGUUUAAAUACAGAAUAAAAAACAAA